AUGAAAUUCUUUACAGCACUAUUUGUUAUUGCUUUAGUAAUCGUUUUCGCUGAAGGCCAACUAAGCGGACUAGGUGGACUAGCCAGGCUACUAGGACUAGGACCACACGCAGGACCUGGGUUGGUUGGUAUACUAGGAGGUUCAAGCGGUCCACGUGGUAUUCCUUAUGGUGGUCCAAAUGGUGGUCCAGGUGGCCAUCAUCAUGGUGGCCCAGGGGGUCAUCACCAUGGUGGUCCUGGCGGUCCUCCACCUCCACCUCCACCUCCACCUCCACCUCCCUGCCCACCGUCUAGUUCAGCUGCAUCACCACCAGAGCCUAGCUCACCUGCUCCACCUCCACCCUUCAGCUCAACUGCCUCACCAGGAGACUCAAGCUCACCUGCCACCCCACCACACUCUAGCUCACCUGCCUCACCUCCAGAGUCAAGUUCACCUGCCUCACCACAAGAGUUAAGCUCACCUGUCUCACCACCAAAAUCAAGCUCAUCUGUGUUAGCACCAGGGUCAAGCUCACCAGACUCUAGCUCAUCUGCCUCACCAUCAGAAUCAAGCUCACCUGCCUUACCAACAGAAUCAAGCUCACCUGCCUCACCACCAGAGUCCAGAUCACCUGCCUCACCACCAGAAUCAACCUCACCUGCCUCACCACCAGAUUCAAGCUCACCUGUCUCACUACCAGAGUUAAGCUCACCUGCCUCACCACCAGAGUCUAGCUCAUCUGCCUCACCUCUAGAAUCAAGCUCACCUGCCUCACCACCAGAGUUAAGCUCACCUGCUUCACCACCAGAAUCAAGCUCACCUGGCUCUCCACCAGAGUCAAGCUCACCUGCUUCACCACCAGAAUCAAGCUCACCUGCCUCACCACCAGAGUCAAGCUCACCUGCCUCACCACCAGAAUCAAGCUCACCUGCUUCACCACCAGAAUCAAGCUCACCUGCCUCACCACCAGAGUCCAGCUCACCUGCUUCACCACCAGAAUCAAGCUCACCUGCCUCACCACCAGAACCAAGCUCACCUGCCUCACCGCCAGAAUCAAGCUCACCUGCCUCACCACCAGAGUCAAGCUCACCUGCCUCACCACCAGAAUCAAGCUCACCUGCCUCACCUCCAGAGUCAAGCUCAUCUGCCUCACCACCAGAAUCAAGCUCACCUGCGUCACCUCCAGAGUCAAGCUCACCUGCCUCACCGCCAGAAUCAAGCUCACCUGCCUCACCACCAGAGUCAAGCUCACCUGCCUCACCACCAGAAUCAAGCUCACCUGCCUCACCUCCAGAGUCAAGCUCAUCUGCCUCACCACCAGAAUCAAGCUCACCUGCGUCACCUCCAGAGUCAAGCUCACCUGCCUCACCACCAAAAUCCAGCUCAUCUGUGUUAGCACCAGGGUCAAGCUCACCAGACUCUAGCUCAUCUGCCUCACCAUCAGAAGCAAGCUCACCUGCCUCACCAACAGAAUCAAGCUCGCCUGCCUCACCACCAGAGUCAAGCUCACCUGCCUCACCACCAGAACCAAGCUCACCUGCCUCACCGUCAGAAUCAAGCUCACCUGCCUCACCCUCACCACCAGAGUCAAGCUCACCUGCCUCACCACCAGAACCAAGCUCACCUGCCUCACCGCCAGAAUCAAGCUCACCUGCCUCACCCUCACCACCAGACUCUAGCUCACCUGCCUCACCCUCACCACCAGAAUCAAGCUCACCUGCCUCACCACCAGAGUUAAGCUCAUCAGCAUCAGCACUAGACGCAAGCUCACCUGCCUCACCACCAGAAUCAAGCUCACCUGCCUCACCUCUAGAAUCAAGCUCACCUGCCUCACCACCAGAUUCUAGCUCAUCUGCCUCACCUCUAGAAUCAAGCUCACCUGCCUCACCACCAGAGUUAAGCUCACCUGCUUCACCACCAGAAUCAAGCUCACCUGCCUCACCUCCAAAGUUAAGCUCACCUGCCUCACCACCAGACUCUAGCUCACCUGCCUCACCCUCACCACCAGAAUCAAGCUCACCUGCCUCACCACCAGAGUUAAGCUCACCUGCCUCACCCUCACCACCAGAAUCAAGCUCACCUGCCUCACCACCAGAGUUAAGCUCAUCAGCAUCAGCACUAGACGCAAGCUCACCUGCCUCACCACCAGAAUCAAGCUCACCUGCCUCACCUCUAGAAUCAAGCUCACCUGCCUCACCACCAGACUCUAGCUCAUCUGCCUCACCUCUAGAAUCAAGCUCACCUGCCUCACCACCAGAGUUAAGCUCACCUGCUUCACCACCAGAAUCAAGCUCACCUGUCUCACCACCAGAGUUAAGCCCACCUGCUUCACCACCAGAGUCAAGCUCACCUGCCUCACCACCAGAAUCAAGCUCACCUGCCUCACCACCAGAGUUAAGCUCACCUGCUUCACCACCAGAAUCAAGCUCACCUGCCUCACCUCCAGAGUCAAGCUCACCUGCCUCACCACCAGAAUCAAGCUCACCUGCCUCACCUCCAGAGUCAAGCUCACCUGCCUCACCACCAGAAUCAAGCUCACCUGCCUCACCACCAGAGUCAAGCUCACCUGCCUCACCACCAGAAUCAAGCUCACCUGCCUCACCUCCAGAGUCAAGCUCACCUGCCUCACCACCACCAGAGUCAUCUCCGGCUGCCGAAUCUUCUUCAGCAGCGGCCGAAUAA